AUGGAGCCCGUAAACUCAGCAGACAGCCUAGAGGCUCGUCUUUCCGCGGCUGCUGUCAAUUCAAAACUGAACUCCAAGCCUACCUCUGCCACCAAUCUCAAUCGCUUUUUGAAAUUUGUGAAACCAUCACGGACUGACGUCAACCAGGAAUUGUCAAUCGAAGAUCCUGGAGAAACAUCAACCAGUUGUCAACCUGACUCCGCCUUUUCGGCAAAGAUGGAUCGAAAGUUGCGCCAGAACAAGCCUCGCUUGUUACUGAUGGGCCAGCGACGGAGCGGCAAGUCCUCCAUCACCAGUGUGGUCUUCCACAAAAUGCCUCCACAGGAGACCUUAUUCCUCGAGUCUACGACUCGCAUUCAGAAAGACUCUAUGCACUCAUUCAUGGAUUUCCAGGUCUGGGAUUUCCCUGGUCAGCUCGAUUACUUCGACCCGACAUUCGACACCACCGAAAUCUUCUCGGAGAUCGGAGCCCUGGUCUGGGUGAUUGAUGCUCAAGACGACUACUCAGACUCCUUGAACCGCUUGACGACGACAAUCCUCAAUCUGCAGACCACCUUCCCUCACAUCAAUGUCGAGGUCUUUGUUCACAAAAUCGAUAGUCUCAAUGAAGAGUUCAAAGCCGACAUUUUCCAGGAUAUUGUCCAGCGAGUUGGCGACGAACUCAGUGAUCAAGGCUACAUCAAUCCCAAUGUCAGCUACCACCUUACCUCUAUCUACGACCAUUCUAUCUUUGAGGCAUUCAGCAAAGUCAUUCAGAAGUUAAUCCCUCAACUCGAUACCCUGGAGAACCUUCUCGACAUGAUAGUGACCAGCUGCGGCAUGUCCAAAGCAUAUCUCUUCGAUAUUCUCAGCAAGAUCUAUGUCGCCAGUGACACUAGACCUGUUGACAUGGAGGUGUAUGAAAUGUGCUCUGACUAUAUCGACGUGAUCGUUGAUAUCACAGAUCUGUACACUUACGAGCGUAGUCAGAAGGUUAUCCUGGGCGAACAAAUGGAAGAGGCUGAAUCGUCAAUGACAAUCCAAGACGGUACCAUGAUCUACCUGAAGGAGAUGAACCGCUAUCUUUGCCUGGUGGCCUACAUCAAAAAUGCAGAUGCCAAAGAUAAGAAAGGAUUGAUUGAUUACAAUGUUCACGUCUUCCAAGAUGCAAUCAACAAGGUCUUUACCCGUGCUUGGGAAAAGGACAAGGCAACCGACGAUGGUGACGGCGACUCUGAUCAGAAGUCUGGCAAGUCUCCCGCACAAAGCCAACUGGAAUCUCAGCUGGGCAAAUUGUCAGUGACCUGA